UCUUUCAACGGGCGAGGAUUUUCGAAACCAAGAAAGCAGAAGCAAGACGUUUCUUCUUCUCCUCCGGCGCAAAACAGGAUUUCCGUCGCCGAGCUAGAGCUCGAUUCCCGCCAAUUCUAUAGAGGGAGAGGAGAUGAUUGUGGAGUAAGAUGGAUGAGUCGAAGAUGGAGGAGUGUUGUCUUGAGAAUAGACAAUUAACCACUGCAUCCAGCUCUUCUGUAUCUGAAGGCAGUGGCAGUGCCGUUCUCAAGUCUCCAGCAGUAUCUAGCCCGGUAGCUACAUCACCGACUCAUAGGAGAACAAGUGGCCCCAUUAGGCGAGCUAAAGGUGGUUGGACUCCCGAGGAGGAUGAGACAUUAAGAAAUGCAGUUGCAGCAUAUAAGGGGAAGAGCUGGAAGAAAAUAGCCGAAUUUUUUCCUGAUAGAUCAGAAGUACAAUGUCUACAUCGAUGGCAGAAGGUCCUUAACCCAGAUCUUGUUAAAGGACCUUGGACUCAAGAGGAGGAUGAUAAAAUCAUUGAACUUGUAGCAAAAUAUGGGCCCACAAAAUGGUCUGUUAUUGCCAAGUCUUUGCCUGGACGCAUAGGGAAACAAUGCCGAGAGAGGUGGCACAAUCAUUUGAAUCCAGAUAUAAAGAAGGAUGCUUGGACAUUAGAUGAGGAAUUAGCCCUCAUGGGUGCUCAUCGGACAUAUGGGAACAGAUGGGCAGAAAUAGCUAAAGUUUUACCUGGGAGGACUGACAAUGCAAUAAAGAAUCACUGGAAUAGUUCCUUGAAGAAAAAGCUAGAUUUCUAUCUUGCUACUGGAAAGCUUCCACCAGUUGCAAAGAAUGGCACCAAAGAUAUGGCUGGAUCUGCUACAGCUAAAGAUUUGCUUGUUUGUUCAAGUAAAGAAUCAGAUUCUACUGCUCAAACAUCAUCAGGAACUGCAGAUUUAUGCAAAUUAGAGGAAGACAGCAAAGAUCAGUUAGAUUCCUCUGCUCCAGUUCCUGAUGUGGUUGCUUCAUCAUGUGUUCCAAAUGAAUCUGCUGAUUCUGAAGGUGCACGAUGUAAGCUGCAGUCAUCCAGUGUCAAUCCUAGCUGCAACAAUGCAUGGCCAGGGCUAAGGUUAGAGAAUCAUGGAGUCAGCUCUGAAAUUGUUGAAGAUAAAAUUACUGGGACGCAAGUUCGACUUGGCACUCCAGCUUAUGGUUCUCUGUAUUAUGAGCCACCUAAGUUAGACAGUUGCAUGUCAUUAGAUUCAGAUCUUUUAAACAGAUGCAGCUUGCAGAAUGAAUGGAACUCUAGUCCUAUAGCGUCACCUAUUUGUUUCUUCACUCCACCUUGUGUGAAGGGCAGUGGUUUAAGUCCCCAGAGUCCUGAAUCUAUUCUUAGAAUGGCAGCCAAGACCUUUCCUAAUACACCUUCCAUAUUUCGGAAGAGAAAGGUGGGAGCACAACCUCAUCUGGUUUGCAAUAAAGUGGGGAGAGCAGAUGGGGAAAUAGUCGAGGACAGGAACCAGUUGUUGAGUGAACAUGAAAGAAAUGAGAAUAGUUCAGAUAAGGCUCAGUUUAAUGAUGCAAGUUCAUGUGAGAGUCCUGCUUGUCAAGAUAAUAGCAGCAUUGGGCUCAACACCAAGGCUUUUAAUGCCUCUCCUCCAUACCGGUUAAAAUCAAAAAGGACUGCAGUUUUUAAGUCUGUGGAGAGGCAACUUGAGUUUAGUUUUGAUAAAGAGAAGUGUGAUGGUAAUAAAGAAGCUUCAGAAUUAACUGUAAAUGGAAGCUCUGUCAUUGAAGAUUGCUUGCAAGCAACAGAGAUGGCAGUUACCUAGGGUGUAAACUGUAAGUUACCACGUUGCAAUUUUAUACUCUUUAACUGUCCCUAAUUCUUGCUUAAAACAAAAGAAUAAAGUUUUUUUUUUUUCUCCUUUUCUAUUUCUUUUCUUAGCAUUGUUUCUUGACCCCAUGAUCACUUGAAGACAGGCUCCAUGAGAAAAACCACUUCAGAAAUGGCAUUUCCAAAAAAUUCUGCAACCUUUU